AUGCACAAUUUUGAGGAUGAGUUAACAUGUCCCAUUUGUUACAGUAUUUUUGAAGAUCCUCGUGUGUUACCAUGCUCUCAUACAUUUUGUAGAAAUUGUUUAGAAAACGUUCUUCAGGCAUCUGGCCACUUUCAUAUAUGGAGACCUUUACGAAUUCCACUUAAGUGCCCUAACUGCAGAAGUAUUAUUGAAAUCGCUCCAAGUGGUAUUGAGUCUUUGCCUGUUAAUUUCGCACUAAGGGCUAUUAUUGAAAAGUACCAGCAAGAAGACCAUCCAGAUAUUGUCACCUGCUCUGAACAUUAUAGGCAACCAUUAAAUGUUUAUUGUCUACUAGAUAAAAAAUUAGUUUGUGGUCAUUGCCUCACCAUAGGUCAACAUCAUGGUCAUCCUAUAGAUGAUCUUCAAAGUGCCUAUCUGAAAGAAAAGGACACCCCUCAAAAACUGCUUGAACAGUUAACUGACACAUACUGGACAAAUCUUACCCGACUUAUUGAAAAGCUAGAAAAAGAAAAAUCUCAUUCUGAGAAAAUGGUCCAAAGUGAUAAGGAAAUUGUUCUCCAUUAUUUUAAGGAGCUUAGUGAUACAUUAGAACAGAAGAAAAAAAUUUUCCUAACUGCUGUCUGUGAUGUUGGAAAUUUGAUUAAUCAAAAAUAUACUCCACAAAUUGAAAGAAUGAAAGAAAUGAGAGAAGAGCAGCUUGAAUUAAUGACACUGACAACAUCUUUGCAAGAAGCAGCUCCACUUAAAUUUCUUGAAAAAGUUGAUGAUGUCCGUCAGCGUGUGCAGAUCUUGAAGCAAAGACCACUUCCUGAGGUCCAACCUGUUGAAAUUUAUCCUCGAGUAAGCCAAGUAUUGAAAGAAGAAUGGUGCAGAACAGAAAUUGGACAAAUUAACAAAGUCGUCAUUCCUGAAAUGAAAAUUUCGUCAAGAAGGAUGCCAUCCUCCUGGCCUGAUAAGGAUGAAAAUGAAUUUUUUAAAAUUUUGAAUAUUGCUAUAGUUACAUUAAUUUCUGUGAUACUGAUAUUGAUACUUUUCUUUAAUCAACACAUAAUCAUCUUUUUAAAUGAAAUCACUUCAAUAUAUUUUUCUGAAGUGUCCCUCUCUGUUUAUCAAAGUUUUUCUAGCAAUGUGUAUGAUUUAAAGGAUAGAUUAUCUCACACUUUAUAUUUGCUGAAGGAAUUCAUGUGGAAAAUAACUUCAUUGAAAAUUCAUAUCUAAAUUACUUAGGCUUAUGCUAUACUGCAGAGAU